AUGGCGGCAGCUGGGACUCCGGGGCCACGGGUUCCUGAGUGUGUGACGAAGGUGGCUCUGAGUGUGUCCUGUGACAACCUGCUGGACAUGGAUGCAUUCUCAAAGUCGGACCCUCUUUGUUUGCUUUACAUGAACACCUCAGGACCCCAGUGGGUGGAGAUUGGCCGGACAGAGAAAAUUAUGAACUGCCUUAAUCCCAGGUUUUCCAAAACCUUUGUCAUCGACUACUACUUUGAGAUGGUGCAGAAGCUGAAGUUUGAAGUGUAUGAUAUUGACAGUGAAAACUCAAGUCUGGCAAAUGCUGACUUCUUGGGAGAACUGGAAUGCACCUUGGGACAGAUUGUGUCCUCAAGGAAACUAACAAAGCCACUGUUAAUGAAAGACAAGAGGCCGGCAGGACGUGGGACAAUGACUAUAUGUGCUGAAGAAAGAACAGAUAACAGGGUGGUGGAAUUUGAAGUUUCAGCAAGGAAUCUGGAUAAAAAGGAUUUCUUUGGUAAGUCUGAUCCUUUCCUGGAGUUCUAUCGGGAGACAGAAACAGGAUGGCAGUUGGCCCACAGGACGGAGGUGGUGAAAUACAACUUAAACCCAGUGUGGAAACCAUUCCGAGUCCCCUUGCAGUCACUCUGUCACUGUGAUGUGGAGAAAUCCAUAAAGAUAGACUGCAUCGACUACAACAACAGCGGAUCUCACGACUUUAUUGGAUCCUUUCAGGCCACGAUCAGCCAAAUCCAACAGGCAUCACAAACAUAUGCGGCUGAGUUUGAAUGCAUCAAUAGUAAGAAGAAACAAAAGAAGAAAGGGUACAAAAACUCUGGCAUCAUCGUUAUCAAAAAAUGCAAGAUCGUCAAGGACUAUACCUUUUUGGAUUACAUAAUGGGUGGCUGUCAGAUAAACUUCACAAUUGCCAUUGACUUCACAGGCUCUAAUGGGGACCCUCGGACCCCACAGUCUCUCCACUACAUCAACCCUCAGGGCUAUAACGAAUACCUGGCAGCCAUCUGGGCAGUGGGCAGCGUCAUCCAGGACUAUGACAGUGACAAGAUGUUCCCUGCAUUUGGUUUUGGCGCAAUGAUCCCUCCUACAUGGCAGGUCUCUCAUGAGUUUCCCAUCAACUUUGACCCGUCAAAUCCAUUUUGUGCAGGUGUUGAGGGUGUGGCUGCCGCCUACCAACAGUGUCUGCCUCAGGUGAAGCUUUAUGGUCCCACAAACUUUUCUCCAAUCAUCAACCAUGUAGCCCAAUUUGGUCGACAAGCACUGGAGCAGCAGACUGCCUCUCAAUACUUCGUCCUGCUCAUCAUCACCGACGGAGUGAUCACAGACAUGGAUCAGACCCGUAGCGCCAUCGUCAACGCCUCCCGUCUGCCCAUGUCCAUCAUCAUUGUCGGAGUUGGGGGGGCGGACUUCACUGCCAUGGAGUUUCUAGAUGGAGACGAUGGAAUCCUGCGAUCUGCAACAGGCCAACCCGCCAUGAGGGACAUUGUCCAGUUUGUCCCAUUCAGGCAGUUCCAAAACGCAGGGACUGCAGCCCUUGCUCAAAGUGUACUGGCAGAGCUGCCUGACCAAGUGGCUUCCUUCUUCAAUUUAUUUGGCCUGAAGCCGCCCAGUGACCCCAGUCCUUCCUAGAAAUAGUCCUCGAGAAAUGCUGGCUCAGAGCGUCCUGGCAGAGGUUCCAGGUCAGGUGGUGGGUUUCUUCAAUACCAUGCAUUUAAAGCCACCCCACACUGACGGAGCUCCCUGACUUCUCUGUUGUGAGGACCAAAAUCUCCCAAAAGGGUCGCAAUCAUUUAUAUCUGUUGCAUAUCUACACUCCUCUGUUGUCAGAAACAUGACACGCCUCAUCUCGCCUCGCAGUGCAAUUAUUAUUUCAAUAUAUGUGCCAUUUAAUGCAGAAAGCCUUAUUUGUUGGCUGUAGUAAACAGUAAUCAAACAUUUACACACUUCUGUUUGUAACACAGAUGUUUUUUAUUAUGGCAUUAACUUGUCCUUAUGUGUCUCAAGUGCCAGAAUUUAGGUUGUUUUCUUUAACGACUAAAGGUCUUUGGUUUUUAUGGAAAAACUGAGGCAGCUAAUUUAACAACAGCCAACUCUCUGCUUCUGUUGACAUGUUCCAAAAAUGUGGUGCCUAUUUCCAUUGAAAUCGCAGACUCAAUUUAGUUAGACUUUACUAAUGUUUACAUGUUUUAAUGGAAUGCGUGUUCUUUAAAUUAAUAAUUUUGGUAGAUUUGACACAACAGAACUUUUGAUUACAUUAUGUCCCUGCUGCUUUUUGUACAAAAAUCAUGUUUCAUUUUAAAGAUUAAGUUGUAUCACUCUACUUUGUGGUAAUGUGUUAACUCGAACUCAUACAUCAAGGAAAAAAAAGCAUAGUAGUCACCCCAGUUAUGUUAUCUCCUGAAACACUUUUGUAUGUUUUUAAAAAUGUAUCCAGGAAAUUCACCUUUUCUUAAGAUGAAGUGUGCAUAUUGAUAAGUCUAUACACUAUGUCUGUUCUUGGCUGAGACUGUUAUUUGCACUGAUCAACAUCUCAUUAAUUUGUUUUGUUAGUAUAAAAAUGACUUUAUGAAUGGAAGUAUGUGUUAAAGUGUCCUUUAGCUGUUAUUACAGCUAAUAUUGUAGUUAAAUAUCUAACAUUUCAAGAUCAUUUAUGGGGACUUUGUUUUCCACAUUUGUACCUUUUAUGUUGAGACACUAAAAAAUGUACUGUUGAGACUUGGCCACUGCUGUUUUUUUUUUUAAUGUGUUUGAGAUACAGUAUUGAACUUUUAGUUGACAGAACUUAGUGUCAGAAACCUUCAUAGAUGGAAAUUACUUAAACAUUUUUAUCAUUUAUGAGCUGAUUAUUUUUCAAAGUCUUGAGUAGAAGAUUUCAUGUACAGUGUUAUUACAAUCAACACCUAGAUCUAUGUGUAUGUUUUUGGAGUUCAAAUUCACCCACAGCACCCUCCAGUGCUCAUAAUAUGUUAUUUUUCAAAGAUUUGGAUAUUUCGGGAAUUUCUGGCUUUGAAGAGCAUGUUUUUUUUUUUUUAUUGCAUGUUCAGUGCUGUGCAAAAGACUAAAGAGGUUGUCAGUGUAAUGCAGUUUCACAAGUGUUACAAAUGUACAAACAAACCAAAACACAACGAAGGGCAUCAGGAGGACUGUGUGCAUAUGUAAAUACAAAGCCACAUAAAACAAUUGUGAUGGAAAGAAUGACCUUAAAGGUACAGGAGCUCAUUUUUUUUUAACUGCCUUUUUGUUUUGGGAGGAACAGAGUGUUUAUAUGUACUGUUUCAUUAUGAGUUUGUGAAUGACAUUUUGCUAAAAAGAAUGUUAAUGAUAUAUGAAAUUAAUUCUCUGUGUUGCUGUCUUUAUUAAAAUCAGACAAGAUGUUCUUUAAACACAAAAUAAAACCAUUAAUUAUAAACUAGCUCACAUCCUACCAGAGUCUCUCUGUGUAGUUACGGUGCAAAAAA